AUGAAUGAUAGUUUCAUGAUGCUUCCCGUCCUUGUCUUCUCAAUCCUGGCUUUGAGCAGUGUCUCGGCCUUCAAAACACAUGUCGAUCACAACUCUGAGAUGACAGAAACAAAGCGCGCCAAGAGCGGCUAUAACCCUGAGGAUUUCAAUAAGCUGGUCGACUCGGUGCUCGACGCGUGCGACAGCAACGGGUGCGACGUGCAAACCAAGAAGUGCAACGUGGCCCACUGCAUCGCGGUCGACGGGGACAACUACGACGACAACCACGGCAAUAUCCUCGAAAUCGUGGGCAAGUUCAUCAAGGGUUCGAUGGAGACCAAGGACACCCGGAUAAGCCACUGCGUCGGCCCCGUCUGCGACUUUGUUGACGCCGUCGAGUACAAGGUCCCCGGGUAUAUAUCGUUGAGGCGCAACUACGACAGCGGCGACCCCAAUACACUAUACAAGAUAUCGAUCAGCACAUCCGAGGCCAAGGAUGCCUGCGGUGCAGUGUUUGACGCAUUGUCGGCUGCUGGAGGACCGCUAAGCGCAGGAGACCUCUUUGGUGCGAUCAAGGUUGCCGUCUGUCAGGAAUAG